GCAUUUGAUUGCUUUUUAAAUGAUAAAGUACGAAUAGAUUUACGGAGAGAGAAAAAUGGUAUUUGUCUGUAUUAUGUUAUAGCACUUAACAUUUCUAACACUCAAACGGGGAUUAAACGAAUUUACGAAUCGGUGUAGUUUAAAUGAUUAAUUAUCCACUUAUUGUGGCUUGUAAGAUAAUUUUCGCGAAAAAUAUGCAAUCUUUACAGAUGUUUUGCCUAUAGAAUUACAGUAUCUCAGGUUUAAAAAUAAUUUUAAUAAAAAAACGAUACCCGAAAAUUAACCAUUGUAAACAGUGGUAUGUAAUUACCGAUCGCAUCAAACAUAUUUUGACAACGCUCGUCCUCCGUGUUAUCACACGCUGCUCUGCUCGCUAGACGCGUUGUUUGUGAAUUGUGUGUGCGUGACCGAUCGCGUCCAUUUACCCCGAGCGUGUGAUCGAAUGUUAUUCCGGAAAAAGUCAUGAGCAUUACGGUGACUUCGAACGUGGAUAACAACAGCAACGGAACUCGAGACGUUAUUCAACCUGUGCACGAGAGCUGUGGCAAAUGUAACGGCAUCGACAUGGCUGUUUUUGACCACGAAAAUAAUCAACACGAACAGCUUCAAAAAGUGUGUAACCAUCAUGUUAACCAAAAGGAUAAAGAUUGCUGCUGUGAUCUUUGCGAUCUUAUGAAAAACAAUAAUUUAAAUGAUGACAAUGAAACUCAAAAAUGGGAAGAAAAAUGGAAUGCUCUAAUGAGCUAUAUUCGUUCUGUGUAUCGAAUGGCCAUGGACGGUGUUGAAAUUGAUUGUUAUCCAGCCCUCAAGAUAUUCAAAGACGCUGCAGAAGAAUCGAAAAGCUGUGAUUCUUAUCAUGUUUUCCAAAAUGUAGAAAAUCUUGUAAUGGAAUUUGUGUUGGAAGCAAGAAUUAAACAAUUAGAAAUGUUAGAAAAAAAGCCUAAAGAAGCUCCGGAAUUGCCUCUAGUUUUUGUUUUUUGUUUGUUAGAUAACUAUAGAAAACUAAUGGCAGCCGCAGAUUAUUUGAAAGACGUUCUUAGGCCUCUUGAAGAACAUCAUUUAUCAGCAUUCAACUUGUCAUGGCGAAUGAUGAAUCAGUAUUUGUAUCAUAGUCGACUUUAUGCAGAUACAACUGUAUAUCAUCUUGUAACUACUUUUAUAGAACAAAUUUUAGCGUCACCUGUGUUAGCCAAUUCCUCAUUGAGUUCAAACUUAAUUCAUGACUAUAGUAAUUUUGUCAAAGAAGUAAAAAUCAAUAUAUCAGAAUGGGCUGAAGCGAGAACUUGUAUACAUAAUAUAAAGUGUAAUGAAGUUUGGGCGUCUGGUGCAAAAAAAUAUAGAGAAUCUGUUCUGAAAGACGAAAAUGGAAUAGAUCUGUCAGUGUAUAACUCUAUAAAUUUGAUAAACGGAUCUGCUCCUAUUACACCACCUCAGUCACCAGCUCCUGAAUAUCAAGAAAAAAUGGAAAACGGUGAUUGUGAGAAUAUUGAUGAAGAUGGCGAAUCCAAUUUUUGUGAUUGUUUACAUGAUUCUACACUAACAGUAGAUUCUCGGCAGAAUGGUAAUUCUGAUCCAAAUGCUCAUAAUAGAAAAUGUCUAUACCAGACAAAAGGGGGUUCAAAGACUUCUCUAGAUGCCUUUUCGUAUUCUUCACUUAGAGACAAGAUGAUCGUCAUUUAUGGUGUAGAUAAAAAAACCAAAAAAGAUGAAGUACCAGUAUUAGUUAAAAAUAAUAUAGUCAAACAAUCCGUUCAAAAAGGUCCGAUCAUUAGCCUAAGACAAGCUGUAGAAGCAGCUAGAGCCGAGUCUCAAGCUAAAUCAAAUUCUGUGUUAAAUUCCAAAUGUAUAUCUCCUAAUGACAAAAAUGUUGGGAGUAAAGUUGAACAACAACCUAAACGGCGACAUCCUUAUCCUCAGUGGGUAAAACCACCCAUUGAACCCAUUGCAACAAAAGCUAAUAUUAAAUCAUCUCAUGGCCAUUCUUGUCUCAAACAUACUGAACAUGUCAAGAGAAUACACCAUCAUGAUGAAAUAUUAGAAACAAGUUCGGCACGUUCAAGUCAAGAUGACAGCUGUUCGGAACGGUCAGCUUCUAGUCCAAGACAAUGUGAUUGUUGUUAUUGUGAAGUAUUUGGACAUGGAGUGCCUUCUAUGGCACCAGUAAGUCGAAACUAUCAAGAAAUGAGAGAUAGAUUAAGAAAUCUUUAUCUUUUGAAAAAAGCUAAACAGAAUGUUCACCUUCCUCCUAAUGAUACUGCGAAACAAAAACAAAAAGAAUCUAAAGUUCAUCAACCUCAAAAUGAAAAUUUAGUUAAUCAACCUUCACAAACAAAUGGUCCUAUUAAAGUUAUUACGCCUAAAAAGAAAAUAGACGUCCUGUCAAGUAGUAUUAAACAAAAGGUAGUGUUGAAAAACGAAAACCAACCAGUAUUAUUUGAUAAGCCCAUCGAUGAGAUAGUAAAUUUCAUAGAAGGCAAUAAAGCCACUAAUGAAAAAAGAGCUGCAAAAAAAGCCAGACAACGCGAGAAAAAGGAAGAAAUUGAAAGGAAAAAAAAAGAAGAAGAAGAAGCAGAGAAAAAAAGACUAGAAGAAGAAGAAAAAAAAAAAGAAAUGGAAAGGCUUAAGCGUGAAGAGGUAUUAAAAAAAGAGAAAAAAAAAAUAAAACAACAAAAUAAACUACUAAAACAGCAGCAGCAACAGCAACAACAACAACAAAAACAAGUAACAAAUUCUAAAAACCAGUUAAAGAAACAAGUUCAACAAUUACCAGUUGCUCAGAACACAAAGAAAAAAACUAAACAAUUACAGGGAAAUGCUAAAGUGCCAUCUGUUAAAAAAGGUGAAAAACCUAAUGAUGUGGAAGGUUCUAAAAUGGUGACAAUUAAAAGAGAUUCAGAUAGUUCCAAAGUAACUAUAACUUUUAGGGGAGCUGUUGAAGAUGAUGUUUUAUGUACUCUUUAUGAUAAUGAAGCUAUAAAAGCCAUUCAAAGAUUGUGUGACCAAGGUAAAAAGGCACAGGAUCAGGCAGAUGAAAAGCCAGUAAAAAAAAGAACCAGGAACCGCAAAAAGAAACAAUCUGAUCAAACCGAAUCUCAAACUGCUGCUCCAGUUGAAAGUAUAUUAAUCACGAAUAAAAAUGCUCCCAAAUUACCAUCAAACAUGAAGUGGUAUUGCUCACCGGAUGUUAAUAUAACGCCAGUGACAAGUACUGUAAAUUCUAAUCCAUCCCAGCAAAAUACUGUUCUUAUUCGGCGAACAAAUAGUAAUCAAGUAUUCACACGUCCAAUGCCUUUACCAUCUCAGCCGUUACCCUUGACCAGCCCAACUGCCAUUCAAAUAAACGAAGCUGUUAAUAAGAUUUCUUCGUCUUCAACGCCUAUUGAUAUUGACAAAUUACAAUUACCUCCAGGGAUCACUAUUACCAAACUUGAUCCUAGUGAUUAUAAACCACCAAGAGACAUUCAACAAUCAGUUGAAAAACCUAAACCAUUGCAAUUUCCAUUUGCGGCACCUGCUACAGUAAAUCCAUUUGACAUGCAACAAAGUUCUCAAAAUAAUAUUGUUGUUGUUAAGACUGAUAGAUGCAACCGUGAAGAAUCUACAGAAUCCAAUGAAUCUUCUGAUAAACGUACUAGACGUCGUAAAAAGAAUGGAUCCAAUUCAGAUGAAACAAAUUCUGAAAAUAUUCAGCCUAGUAUAACUAUCACUAAUCAAUCGUUUAUAAGGAAUUCUCAUAAUAAUGAGAAUAAAGUAAUCUCAGGACAAAUGCCAUCUUCAAAUUCUUCACGGUCAACUCCAUUACCAGUUAUAAUUCAAAGACAAGGUGGCAUAGUGACUAUAAGAAAUCCUUUGUAUCAGCGCAAUGAUGAUACAGUUAUAACUGAAACUCACAAUUCUAAAGAAAUUGCUGAUAAUGAUGAAACGAAUUCUACUGGCAAAAAAAGACGUCGUCGCCGUCGUGUUAAGGGCAGCUCUAAACAAACGGAUGUUGAGGAAAGCGUGUUCGAGCCAAAAGAUAUCGAUUUGGAGGAUGGAGAGAUGGAUGAUGAUGAACGAGAAUUAGAAGCAUUUAAACGAUUUUGCUUACAGUCGGUACCUCCACAACGCAAAGAAAAAGUACAUUUGAAUAUCAAGGACAUUGUUUUGAAGAAAAAAAGUUCCGCCUCGGCUGCUGUUGGAUGUGUAUGAUUUUUUUUAUUUGACUCCUAAAAAUUUUUGUUUAGUUCUUUAGCUACCACUAUUAUUUUCAUACUUUAAUUAUGACUGUAAAAUUUUACUAUAUUUUAUUGCCUCAUUUGUGAAUGAGUGUCAUAUGUAUAUAUACAUAUAUAUAUAUGUAUAAAAAAAAUUAUAUAUAUAUAUAUAUUUAUACGUGUAUGU